AUGGCUGACCCAUCAACAGCAAACCCACCGAAGCGACGGCUCAGGAGGGUACCAGGCGCGUCUCGGAAGCGAUCGGCGCAGAGCUGCGACUUUUGUCGAAAGCGACGUUGUAAAUGCGUUCCACGACCGUCAGGGCACGGCUGUGUCAUGUGCCAUGAGCAUGAGGUUGACUGCUCCUACGUCCUUCCACGCAAGACCAGGUUUUACGGCAGCUUAGAUGACUUGAGUGACAGAUACAAGUGCCUGGAGGCCAUCGUACAUGCGGCAUUUCCUAAUGCUGAUGUAUCCACCGUGCCGGGGCUCCUCAGACUAGGAGAACGCAUGGGAUAUGCCAUGCCAGACUUUUCACAGGGUAACACAGUAGGGAUAGAAGAGCUGGUGAAGAAUACAAUUGCGGUAGAUGGCGCUCAAGGGGCUUCACUACCACAGGCGCACCCUGUCACUAGUCAGGAUGAGAGAAGAACAUCUUCUGGCCCAGCACCUGGACUUGGUCCUGGUACGGAAGCGUCAAGCGGCCUCAUCAGGGAUACAGCCGGUCGGAAGCAUUUCAUCGGUCCAUCCGGAAGUCUCCAGUUUCUGGGCCAGCUCCGACGCUUGAUUCUCACCUCGCGCACUGAUGGUGGCCACGACCGGCACGCGCCUAAUCGACUGACUGCUACCUUUACGGACGAAGAUGCGGCUCAAGCUCUUGAGGCAGAUAACAACCAGGAGGAGCAACCAGGAAUGUCCCCUGCUCUUAAUGGCGGUGGUGCCGGUGAAAGUCCCCAGUCGCAUGCGUCUCUAGGCUCAUCUCUGCUCCGAGACUUUGCUAGUAUCCCCAACGGGGAAAUUGAGGAGAUCAGAAGACAGCUUCCGCAGCGAUCGGCGGUCGAUUCACUGGUGAGGGUGUACUUCAGAGAUAUUCAUCCGGACUUCUCAUUGUUUCACCGGGGAUCCUUCGCAGAGGAGUAUGAGACGUACAUGUCUUUGGCGCCAACGGGUACGCAGUCUCCCUCAGCAGGCUGGCUCGGCUGUUUGCAUAUGGCGAUUGCCUUUGCAUCCAUGUCUAGUGCGAACGACCUCCCCCCAAAUGUCGACUUCAACUCCCUCUCGCGGCACUGUGUGAGUCUCACGAGACUGCUGCUGCCUCAUCUAGUCGCCAAAUGCGCCCUCACGAAUGUCCAAGCCCUUCUCCUGCUGGCGCUGUUCCUACACAACCAUAACGAGCGCAAUGCAGCAUGGAACCUCGUGGGAACCGCCAAACAUAUGGCCUUCUCUCUGGGUCUGCAUCGUGACACCGACAACCAAGCACAUUUCCGGCCUAUGGAGAGAGAGGCGCGAAAGCGAGUCUUCUGCACAUUGUAUGGUUUCGAGCAGUUUCUUGCAUCCAGCCUGGGGAGGCCAACCGGGCUUUACGAGUUUGAAGACGUGGAAAUCGUUCCUGCCCACGAAGCUUUGCUAGAUGGAGGCGAGGAUGACGAUGACACGACAACACUCUCCCUGGAGCUGCAAGGUAUUCUGUCACAAGCAAGAGUAUCCCUUGCGGUCAAGUCAAUGCCUAUGACCAGCGACCAAGCCAACAGGGACAGCCUGGCCAGCCACGAACAUGCUUCGAGGGAGAUCCUGGGCGCAUUGAAUCAGUGGAAGAACCGGCUGGCCUCACGCCAUGCGUUAAACAUGCCUUUUAUCGGCGACGCCGACGACAUCUUGUGUGAAGGCGCGCAGGAGUCGCCACGGAUGUCAUUGCAGGAACUGCGAACAAUGAUGGGCUGGCAGAGCCGGCGCCGGCUUCGGACUGCGCUGGUGCUGCAGCUCCAAUACAGAUAUAUCGGCCUCCUAGUAACAAGGUCUGCCUUGCUUCUAUAUGUUGCAACCGCGCCCGCUAGGAGUGCAAGUGAGCGAGCGGAGCUCCCCGACGCUCAAUCCUCAGACACCCCAGGUGAACCCCUGUCGGAUCUGUGCAUAACGCACGCUGUUCAGCUCUGUCGCCUAAUCUUGCUUGCCGACUCUGUUGGACUGGUGAACGGUACCUCGGCCAUGGAUGUCUUUUAUGCCUAUUGCGGUGUCAUGGUGCUUAUCCUACGUUCACUACGUGUUGGUAUCUCCGCCAGCCACCAUCACGACCAACACGAGGCACGCCUACAGAUGGAGCAGCGUCGCCUCAUUGCGGAGACGAGGGAAGUGCUGCUGCGCGUGAAGAAGUGCAGCACGAUGACUCGGUUUGCACGCGUGGUAGCUGCGUUCGAGGAGGGAUCGAGGCCAGAUCGAUCGCAUCGCGUCGCUCCUAUAGACAACCACGCCCCAGUCAAUGGGCACCCGGCUAUGGAGGCAGUGAAUGCGUUGCCAAGUGACCCGUUCCACUCCGUUGAGCAACUCAGUAACCCAACCGCCGAACAAGCAGCGGUUAUAGAUCCUACUAUCGACUCCCUUCGUGUCUCCCAACAAGGACCAGGUACGGGAACAAUCGCAGGGCUCCUCGACACCACAGAUCCCUCGUGGCAGUCUAGCUCGCUGACCACAUUUGACGGGCCAUCCGAGGCAAACAGUUGGAUGGUGGAUUCUUUCCUCGGCCUUGACGGGACGGGCGCUGUCGACUGGAAUGAUAUCGAGACACUCCUGGCACGAAAUAUUGGGCAAUGA